AUGCAACACGUUGACACACUAAACGAACAACAUGUUGACGACUUGCAUCAUAAAGCAGAUAUUGCACGAAGCAAUGAACUUGAAUUAACACCAGAAGAGCAACAACAACAUGAAGUAAAAACACAAGUUGUCGAGCUACCACUAACAACAACAACAGACAAGACGGUACUCAUGAACAAUCAUCAACCAAUUCAUUUAAAUUUGAGAGGUACAAUCAUGACAGUUUCGUUGAGUACAUUCUAUUCAUGUAAAAGAGAAUUGGAAGACAAUUUUUUUAUGAAAAUGUUUUCUGGUGAGCAACCCAUCUAUAGAACUAAUUGUCAAUCAUCGAGUGAGCCAAUUUAUUUUAUUGAUUGUGAUCCAAUCGUAUUUAAAAGUGUCCUUGAUUGGUUACAAUAUGGUAUUGUGAAAAAUAAUGAACUAUCAGGUGAAUUGAAAAAUGCUUGUAAAUUAUUCAAACUGUCAACUAUUGUUAAUAUUUUAGAAAAUAGAAAAUUAUCCUAUUUAAAUUUUUCAAAUUGUGAAUUUCAAAAUUUAACUUUAAAAGGAAUGUACUUGUGUAAUUUUACAAAUGCUAAAUUUGUUAAGUGCUAUUUGAAAUUUAAAAGUAGAGAUUAUUGUACAAUUGAUAAAUGUGAAUUUAUUGAUUGCGUUUUGAAUAGCACAUGCUUUACUAGAGAUUUCUCAAAGACCAACUUGUCAUUGAAAAAUAAUAAUACUUUUAAUGGAUGUAGAUUUAAAGAUUUAAAUUUGACACGUUUAAAAAGUCUAUCACAAUUUAAUGGAUGUAUAUUCGAAAGUUGUUCAUUUAGUUUUGAAAACUUUUCCGAAAAACAAAUUGAAAACAGUACUUUUGAAAAAGUUGAUUUUAAAAAUCAAAAUUUGAAAGGUUUUACAUUUAAAAAUGUUGAAUUGAUUAAUUGUUAUAAUUUUAUAGGUCAUUGUGAAUGUGAUUCUGAAGGUACUUUUCAAUUUUGUAAUUCAACUCUCAUUCCAAAUUCAUUUAUUUAUUCUAAAUUAUUUACAAGUUGUAAAAGUAAAUCAAUUCCUAAAUUGCUAUACCGAGGUACCAUAGAUGGCUUUAAAGCAAAGAAUUUUCAUUCAAAAUGUGACAAUGCUGGUCCAACAUUGGUAAUUAUCAAAUCUGAACAUGAUGAAUUAUUUGGUGGUUUCACAACCCAAAAUUGGAAAUCUCCAACUAAUGAUUACGCAUUUGGAAAGGACAAUUCUGCAUUUAUUUUCAAAAUUAUUCCUGAGAAUGAAAAUUAUCAAUUUCAAAAGUUUGACAUUUUAAAAAACAAGCAAAAACAUGCAAUUUAUUUAGAUAAUAAUUACUUGUCUUCAUUUGGAGCGUAUGGUUGUGAUAUUUGUAUCAAGGACGAUUGUAAUUUAAAUAGCCAUUCUUUUUCCAAGUUUGGAUGUAAUUAUGAAUUACCUGAUGGAUUUAAAACUGACUCAUUCGAAGCUCAUUCUUAUUUGGCUGGAAGUUACGAGUUCAGAGUUGUUGAAAUUGAGGUUUUCAAAAUAAGAAAUCAAUAACUUUCAAUCAACUUGGAACUAAUUUUUAAAUAUAAUAUUCAUUCACUUUCAUCCUUAAUAAAAUCCUU